AUGAAUAGAGAUCUUUUUAAUACAAUUGUUCAAAAUAAUAGCAUUAAAUUAAAAAGAUACAUAAAGGACUACAUCCCAUCUGGUGAUGGCUUGAUGAAUCAAGAAGCAAUUUACUCUCUCAACAAUUUCGAAACUAAUUUAGCUCCGUUUCAAGGACUACCAACAAAACAUCUUACAUUAUCGCAUAUUAUUUCAUAUUAUGAUUCUCUUGAGUGCCUUCUUGAACUUUAUCGUUUUACUGACGAUUUAAAUGUAAAAUCGGCUGAUGGAAUAUCUCCAUUUAUUUACGCCAUAUUAGGGCAAAGCAUAGAAUGCGCUCAGUUUUUAUUUUCGAUGGGUGUAAAUGUCAAUGAAACAGCAUUUGGCAAAACACCAUUAUAUUUAGCGACAAAAACAGGAAAUUACAUGCUUGUCAAGUAUAUUUUAGACCUUGGCGCCAUGGAUCCUGAGUCAGAUGCAAAAAAUAAGUUUAAUCCAAUUGUUGUCGCAAUUAAGCAAGAAAAAAUCGAUAUUCUUAAACUUCUUUUAAGCUAUGGUUAUAGUUUAGAAUAUUCUGUUGUCCAAUCUCCAAUUUUCCAAGCAAUUCGACUUGGAUUAGAUAAUGGAGUUGAAUUACUUCUAAAAUUCGGUUGUAAUGUCAAUUUUAGAAAAGAAACAGGAGAAUUUCCAUUAAUGUUUGCUAUCCAACUUGAUAAACCCGAAAUUGUCAAACUUUUGCUUAAAUGGGGAGCAGAUGCGAAAUUAGUUGGUCCAAACCAAGCCUCUUUGAUGCAUAUUUGUGCGGAAACAGGUAAUAUAGGACUGAUGAACUUACUCCUUAAGAAAGGCGUUGUUUGCGACACAGUUGAUAUCCAAGGAAAAUUUCCAACAUUUUAUGCUUUAUCAGCACAACCAUUAGAGAAAGCGACGAAAGCAAUAGACUUUCUAGUUAAUCAUGGCAUUGAUAUUAAUUCUACGGAUAACCAAGGGAGAACUGUUCUUUCUGAAGCAAUAUCAAAUCCGAGUUUAUGUAAACCAGAAUUUAUUUCUUUCCUUAUUGAUAAAGGAGCAGAUCCAACAAUGAGAGCACCAGGAACUACUGGGAAAACAAUAUUAUCUGAAGCAACAGAUGAUUUAAAUUUCAAGUCAUCAGAAGUUCUGCAAAUCCUGAAAAAUGGAUGCUUAAAAGUCGAAGAGAAAAUGAGAAAUGCCGCAGAAAAGAAAAAAGAACAAAACACUGUUUCAGAAAUUUCUGUUGCAAUUAGUCUUCAAAAUAGACUGAGAAGAUUAAUAAAGAAAACUGAUCAAUCACCAAAAUAA